UAUUACCUUUCAUACAGAGUACUUAUUACUCUAUAUCUAUUUCACAUGCGGUGUUGCUGAGUGCCGUUGAGUUAAUGUUCUUAAUUCCUUUGUCUAACAACCUUUUACAUACACUGAGUCUCAUGGAACUACAGUAGAGGACAGGAGCUCUGUAUUUGUGUGGAGUAACUAUGAAGGUUCUUCCUCAACUCAGAGCCAACUUCACACAGAGCCUUGCUAUUGCUAUCCAAACAACGUCUACAUUCACACAGAGAGCUCAUGGCUGACUUCACCACCUGCCACUGGCCUCACCACAGAGGAAACCUAAGUGCUAUUCACACUGUGUACUCAUUUUUUGUUUCAUAAAGGGAUUGUGUGGUGUGACCACUUUGCUCUGACAGUAUUACAUCUCACCUUAUUUCUCCAAAGGCAUUUUUAGGAGAAAUAACUGAGAAACAUUUUGAGACAAAAGAGAAACUAAAAUGAGGCUGAGAUGAGAAUCUCAAAAUAUUGUCUUUUGAGCUGUAGAAGAGAAAGCUUUGAGCAAGAAAAUGUUCUUCUGGGUAUGCUGUUUUUCAACGUUUUUGUAAGUCUCAGAUGUCCCACAAUAGUGUUUUGGAAGUGUAUUGCUAAAAAUCUAGCCUUAAUGUUAGUUUAGAAGUUCUUUUUGUGAGCCAUACUGAGAACACACCAUUUUGUGUCUCUGUAGCCUUAAUGCUAAUGAGCUGCGUGUGAAUGCCUGUCUUUUAUAAUUCUAUUGUCCUUUUUACCCACUUUUUUUCAUAUGCACUGUAACUGUGCACUUGUUCAACGUAAUAGAUGCUAUUGAUGCUAGUGUUGAUGAAAUACAACAUAACAUUAAGGUGUGGGGUAAGAUACAAAUGUUAGCAACACUAUGUGGGCUACAGUACAUUGCAGUCACAUUGGUUAGUCUAUUUGCUGAAGUAAAACGAUGAUCAAACUUACAGCUCCCAAGUCUGUAGCUGACUGUUGGCAGAGCUCCAGGCUUUACUUUAAGAUGUGUAGCGAAGCCUGCGUUUUCACAAAAUGGUGGGCGUAUAGGGGGGCAGGCUCAUUUAGCUAGCUGGUGGGUCAGAGUCGUUGUCAUGUCUCUGAAGGAGGUUUUUUGCUUAUGACGUCAUGAAAACUAAGAACUUUAAUAUUGAGCGCUUCUUCUUUCAAAAGUGUAGCAAACAGUUGAGGAAGAUGAUAGAUUUUUGUCACAUUCGGCGGUCAUUAACAUUUUACUUUAUAAAAUCAUUAAAAAGUCAAUUUACCAUAACAGGGGGCCUUUUUUAAAGCUAGUCAAAAGUGUGCAUGAAGAAUAUGGUGUCCACUAAGUGAGCAUUGUUGAUUUUAAACUAUUCCUUUUAAUAUUGUAUGUUAGCCGUAAAUGAAUAAUUGUAUAGUCAUUGUUUUUGGAUUGUAAACUAAUCUGUCGACUGCGUUUCCUCCUGAGUUGAAAUUUGCUUUCAUCAUGGACAUUCAAUAAUAACGUUAUAUAGUUUCCUAAUGACUUUUGGCAGCUUGUGGUUGCAUUUCCCAUGGGGAGCAUUUGAUGUGGGCUUUCCCUUGAGAGCUGCAACAAAUCAUCAUCCAUCAGCACAAUGGCAGCUACCACCAUCCAAGAGUAACAACACAGCAUAGUCAACCUCGCAACUUGUUUAUUUUUCAGUUGGGCUACAUGUCCCUCCAUUGUUUCUCAGGGUCCAUGGGGACUACCAUCAUACGGUUUCUCCUUGUUCCCCAUCUCCUGGACAUACAGUGCACAUUAAGGCACAUCUACAGAGGAGAACUUCCCUAAUAUAUUGACCACCAAUAAAUGAAUAUUUCACAAUGCAAUACACUGCAUGGCUUCAAGUCAAAUGUCUGAAGAGGUACACCACUGUAAAAAGUUUGGGAACCACUGAUAUAGACUAAUUUAAAAGAACCUGUAAUGUCAGUUGGUCCAGUUAGGAAAAAUUUAAUUGGUUCAGGUCUGAGAUGAGGCUGGUCCCUGAGGGAGCAUGUGUAUGAUGCCCUAAUUUAUACGCUUGGAAUUGAUGUCAGAGAUCACUAUACUGUACAGCCAUUAAGACAUUUCAAUCUAGUUUGACGUAUUUAAAUAUUAGAAUGCAUUACUUGGUACCUGGUUAUUAUUAUUUAUAGUAGAUACGCACAAAUUUUUGACUCAGCAUUCAUGGGUCAUGGGCCCUCAAUUUGCAACGUUUUGGUAAAGAAAAAAAGCUGCAAACGUUUCUCCCAAAAAAGGCUCUUUUUUACUUUACAUUUAAUUUACGUUGGAUUUAUAUUCAUUCCCACACUCCAAGUCGAUUAGCGCUCACAUUUCAGCACUGCAACCAUUUGAAAUGAAACUUGGCUAUAGAUUAAUCAGUGUACAGCUUUUAUAGCAGUAUAGAUUUACUAUACACUGAAAAGGACUCAACAUACAGCCAUUAUUGUCUAAAUAGUAAUAGUACUAAUAAAUAAAUAAUAGCCACAAGCGAUUGCCAAGAUAAUUGUGUCUUGCCUACAGUCACGCAUGUUAGUGCUAGAGUCAUAGUUUGGGGCUGCAUGAAUGCUGCUGACUUUCAUUGAUGGAAACAUGAAUUCCAACAUGUACUGUGCCAUUAUGAAGCGGCUCAUGAUCCUCUCCCGUUGGAAAGUGUUUUCCAACAUGAUAAGGAUCCCAUACGUGCCUCCAAGAUGACAAGUGUCUUGCUGAGGAAACUGACGGUGAAGGUGAUGGAGUGGCCAAGCUUGUCUCCAGACCUGAACCCAACUGAGCACCUGUGGGGAAAUCCUAAAGCGGAAGGAAGGUGGAUGAGUGCAAGGUGUUCAACAUCUACCAGCUCUGUGACAUUAUCAUGGGGGAGUGGAAGAGGAUUCUAGUAACAACCCGUGCAGCUCUGGUGAAUUCCAUGCCCAAGAAGUUUAAGGCAGUGGUAGGGAACAAUGGUGCUCACACUAAUAAAUAUUGACACUUUGGACAUGUUGACUGUGAGGUGUACUCACUUGUGUUGUGACAAUAAUGGCCGGUUGUUUACUUAUUUUCAAAGGAUGGUAAAUAUGCAUAUUUAUCUUUAUAUGUAUAUUUAUCUUUAUCUUAUCCAGUUAUCUAUAACAAUGCUGCUUUCCAAGCUGUACACUGACUACUCUAAAGUAUAUUCAAGUUUAAUUUGUGUAGCAUUGUCCCUUGAGAAGAUGCUGUAAUAAAUGCGAUGAGUGUACUCACUUUUGUGUAGUCACUACUGUAGAUGUUCAGAAGAAAUUAUUGUCUGCUUAUUUUGUACACAAAAAAUAUUGCUUUUGUGUUUGGAUGCACUUUCCAUGAGGAGGGAAUGUGAGUGCAGAUGUGACGUUGAGCUGGGCAAAGUAAAAACAACAAUUGUUCCAAUCACAAGUUUGUCUUGGUUGUCAUGAUGUCAUCAGUAAAGCUUCUUUGGUCCCUGAGCUGCUGCAAGCUAUGUUCAGUCAUGCUUCCCUUGUUCCCAUUCAACCAUGGCUGUGUUUUUCCUCACAGACUUAUGUCUAUACAUUAAUCACACCAUGCACUGAAAGUCAGGACAUUCUGUGGGAGAGAAAAAGGUUGCACUAUUCUUUGGUCUUUUACUUCCGCAAUUAGCAUUGGCCUUGGAAAAGAUGUAGUUCUCGUAGUGUUCAAUAAUCAGCUUUGGUACUUCAAGGAGCAAUCCCCUUUUUUAGACAAUAUGGCCUCUUUGAAAUUUGUUUUAAUGUGAAUACAGGUUGCUCAUUAUGACGGUAACAAGAAAAGGAUGCAUAUAAUUCACUUUGGUUAAACUUUUUCAAAUACUUCUUAGUCCCAAUCAUUUAUAUUUUUAUAAAUUGAAAAAUGUAUUUUCUUACCUUUUUUUUUAUUAUUUAUGAAGUACAUGUGCCCUAUUCUUCUCCAUGACAAGCUCUCAUACUUUGUUGUAAAAGUCUGAUCACUGUCUGUUGAGCUUGGAUAUACUGUAGAAUCCUCCAUAUUGGCAGACAAGUUAAUUAAUUCACUCAGCAGAGUAGUAAAAUAUAUUUCAUGCAUUUGACUGUUUGCUAAAUCUAGCUCCAGCUGGUGCUGCUGGGAAAAAAUGGGAAAAACUCAUUGGCUUUUGCUCUCUCUGGAAGGACGGCAGCGACACGCACCUUCCAGCUCACGCACGCACGCACUGUUUGUAGAAAGUCAUCGUGUGUGAUAAAUGUUUCUGCAAACAUGUUGGUGAUAUGAUGACAAACAGAAACGGGCACGCACCAUCUGCACUCUGCAGUGAAGUGCAUUCAGACGAUAGGCUCAGCUCGUGCACUUAAACCGAGGGGAGAGAUUCACCGCAGCCUCAUCUCGGCUUUCUGCACUGUAUUUGAUCAGGAAACCUGCAACUUCAGCGAUUUUUUUUACUUAACAAAAUGUUAUUUUUCUUUUUCCUUAAUUAUUCUUUUUUUCAUUAUGCCUCCCCUGAUUGCACGCCACUUAUAUGUCAUGUAAAAAGGAAUGUAGAGAAGUUGACUUAUUCAUUUCAGUACAACCUCCUAACUUGUUAGUCAGACAAUAUUGCAGACAAAUGCGGAACACAUUUACAUAUCAAUGAGAAAACCCUCCUUAAUUCUUAAUGUAUGAGACAAGUAAGUUGACAUAAAUAGUUUGUUGGUAAUUAGUGAACUCAUUUGCAUUGUAGUAAUUUAUAAUUUAUACUUUAUGAAUAUGAAUGCAUUGCAAGAAAUUUACACAAAACUGUUGAGCACGUUUGACUCAGGUGUGCUUUGCUGCUCCAACCUCUAUGUAAGUUCGUAUUAUGAAAUUGUGUAAAGGGUGUGUGAUAAUGAGCGGUACAGCUACUAAGGGUCUACGUAUUUUGUGUGCGUACUGUGCAUGUUUAUGUUGCUCAUCAAUGUGGCUGAUCAGUAUCCUGGGGGUGCUGAGUGGGUCGAUACAGAAGUAGGACGCGGCAUCCGGUGAUGGGUGUAUAAAUGUGCGGGGCUUAUGCCCUCUGCUUCCUGUUUCCUGAUGGAGCCACCUUAAGCAGAAGCUUUUAGACACUCUAUGAAUCACUUUGGUUGACCUUCUGUACCAUAGCUGACACCCUGCAUGAGAAAUAUCGUGGUUCUUCACAGACGGUGAGCAUAAUCUUAUUGGUUGUGGAACUUCUUUCAUUGUUGACUUUUCUAGUGAAGAAUAUUUUCAAGAAGCACAGUAAAGGUCAGUAUGUACUUAAUCCACAAUGAGUUUUCUGCUGUAAAAUUAAGCAAAGUAAACGGUAAUCUUCUGCUCCAAAGGUUUCCAGAUGGACCAACCUCCAUGUUUCUAUGUAGGUCACACAACUGAGUCUAUUGGACAUUGAUCUUUAGCAAAGCAGGUCACAACUGUCAAUCGUGCUUAAUCCUAAAGCUAAAUGACAAGUGCAGGCCAUGGGGUUUUUAUAUAAUUAUUAUGUUAAGGAAUGACUGCAGAUGUUGAUGUAUAGGAGGGAAGGCAGUCAUUGUCAAUUCUUCAGUCCAGUCCAGUGUUUUAUUUGGUGAUUCAUUUUUUCCCCUUUAACUUUCAAGUGGCUUCACUGGAAACAACAGCCUUCCUCGAUCAACUCGCCAUUUUGUAUCAACUGAUAUACCAUUUCCUCUGAUCACAGAUUUCACUGUAGCCACCACUUGCAAUGGAGGACAGUGACCAUGAGGUUCAGUCUUCAUCAGAUGAGCGGGACUUCUGUCCUGUCUUCCCAUAUCCCAGUGGAGGUCAGGAUGCUGACCAGCAUUCAAGCCACUCCAAUGACUCUGAGGUGGAGAACAUUAUGCAAGACCCCUGCCAUCAUGUAGAACAUGACCACCUUGAGCUUGACCGUGACCGUGACCACAGUCCACAGCUGCAGCAUCAUGGCCACGAGGCCCAUGAUGCAGAAUGGGAAGCUGCGGGCCAAGACCGCCCACACACGCCAUCGUAUUUGCGUCCCCCUGUGGCUGGUAGGGCACAGUCAGAGUCAGGUUCUGAGGCCAGUUUGCCGCUGAGCAAAAGUGUGGAGUUUGACUUACCUUCCCCGGUCAGUCCCUGCAGGCCCAAAAGUCCAUGGGCACGUUUCGACCCUUACAGCAAUAAUGAGGAUCAUGAUAAGGAAUAUGUAGGUUUUGCCACGCUGCCAAACCAGGUGCACCGGAAAUCAGUCAAGAAAGGAUUCGACUUCACACUAAUGGUGGCAGGGGAAUCUGGCCUUGGAAAAUCCACUCUGGUCAACAGCCUCUUCCUCACAGAUCUUUACAAAGAUAGGAAGCUGCUCAAUGCUGAAGAACGAAUCAUGCAAACAGUAGAAAUCACCAAGCACACUGUCGAUAUAGAAGAAAAAGGAGUCAAACUAAAGCUGACCAUAGUGGACACUCCAGGGUUUGGGGAUGCUGUCAACAACACAGAAUGCUGGAAGCCGGUAGCCGACUACAUCGACCAGCAGUUCGAGCAAUACUUCAGGGACGAGAGCGGUCUGAACCGCAAAAACAUCCAGGACAACCGCGUGCACUGCUGCCUCUACUUCAUCUCCCCCUUCGGGCAUGGUCUUAGGCCACUAGAUGUGGAAUUUAUGAAAGCCCUGCACGAGAAGGUCAACAUCGUCCCGGUGUUGGCCAAAGCAGACACACUCACUCCCAGUGAAGUGAAGAAGAAGAAAAUAAAGAUUAGAGAAGAGAUCGAUCAGUAUGGCAUCAAAAUAUACCAGUUUCCUGACUGUGACUCUGAUGAAGAUGAUGACUUUAAGCAACAGGAUCACGAACUGAAGGAAAGCAUUCCAUUUGCCGUCAUUGGCAGCAACACAGUAGUGGAAGCCAAAGGGAAGAGGGUGCGAGGGCGUCUCUACCCAUGGGGGAUCGUAGAAGUUGAAAACUCGGCACACUGUGACUUUGUGAAGUUGAGGAACAUGCUGGUUCGCACCCACAUGCAGGACCUGAAGGACGUGACGCGGGAGACCCACUACGAGAACUACAGGGCCCAGUGCAUCCAGAGCAUGACCCGCAUGGUUGUAAAGGAGCGCAACCGCAAUAAGCUAACCAGAGAGAGCGGCACCGACUUCCCCAUCCCCGGCGUGGGCGACGUCACGGACAGCGAGACGGAAAAGCUGAUUCGUGAGAAAGAUGAGGAGGUACGGCACACCGACCACCAAACGGAAUUGCAUCAGCCUCACCACCAUCACCACGAGCACCACGAGUCAGAAUAUGCUUUUGAGCACCACGAACACUUUGAACCUCAACCCAACCCUGAGGCACGCUUGCAUCUGGAAGACGAGGCCCUUUAAGUGUCGUUUGCUCACACGUUUAGCCACAAGCACCCGCCUAGUCAUGUUUUAUCCUCAUUUGAAACUACUCACUUGUCCUCACUAGACACUUUCAUUAAGGCUGCACAUAUGCUCACUAUUUAUUUAUUUAUUUAUUUAUUUAAUUUGUUUAUUUAUUUAUGCAUUCAUUCAUUCAUUCAUUCAUUCAUUCAUUCAUUUAUUCUUCUCUUCUUCUCUGGCUAUUUUCUUGUUGGUCAUCCUGUCACUGUUUUUAUAUUCACUGCUCAUAAUCACUAGUUAUGUUUCUUUUGGUCAUAUUGUCAUUGGUCAUUUUCUCACUUGUCUUGUUGUCACUGAUCAUUUUCCUCACUGGUGGUCUUCUCACAGUAUCAUUUUGAGGUUUUAACCUUUAACCUUUUAACAUCAUACUACACUCUACGAGUAAUACUUGUCAGCUACAAAGCAAGAGUUUGAUUUCCGUGAAUGUUGAUGAGCAAUGCUUCCUUUAGCCUCGAGCCUAUUUAACAUUAUUAAUCAAUGGGAGCUAAAUAUUUUUCGUGUCAGCAAAGUUAGUCAGCCAAGGUUGGCAUACUUUAUGGAAAAGUCUCUAUCUCUAUUUUUUAUUACAUUCAUUAUAUAUGUAUAUUAUAUUUAACUUAAUACACCCUCAACUUAAUUGGUGUGAUUCAUUUUUAUUAGUCAACAAAGUCGAUGCCCAUCCUUUAUUCACUAAAUUCUUGAGUGGGCCGUCAUUCAUGAAUAACUAGUCACUUUUAUUAAGUUUAUUACUUAAUGUAUUUAUUAAGUUACUGAGUCACGUUGGUCCUAAUUUACAUAAAUUAAUGCGCUCCAAUGCCUUUAUGAGGGCAUAGCAGUGGAGUGGCGUGUGCACGUAAUACAUGUUAUUUAGUGCUGGCCGGUUUAGUCAACCCCACCGCCUUCCGUCAGUGGUUUAGCAUCUCGUCAUAUUUUUAGGUUUAUACUUUGAUUCUCACGAUCUCAGACUUUAACCUUACUUGUUCGCCUUACUGUUAAACAGUUUCUGUAAUAGUUUCACAAUACUCACAGCCUAACGCGUCCUUCCUUAUAUAGUAAAUAGGGGCGUUACCUAUGCUAAUUAGCAGCAGCUAGCGUAAUGUCGAGUGGCACAGGUGCCCUCAAUCAAGCGCCGUUUACGUCUGAAUCCAAUUUAGAUCAUUUUGAAGAGCAUUGUCAGGAGUCUGUUGGUGAGUGGGGUCCAUUUAUCCAAACAAACAGCAUCGACACUUGAUAUUUAAAAUAGUUGAACGUACAUAGCCAGAGUUGGCAUGUUAGCUUUUUCUGCCAUCUUUGUUUGUACGCCAGGUGACCUGUUAUCACAGACCACCUGCGAAAUGUGACGACGUCCCGUAACAGCUGGGUCAAAAGGUCGACAUUUUCAAAUAUGAAAGCUACUUUGUUAAAUUACGUUGUUACAUUGUUGAAUUUUGGUUGCAUAAAUUCACAAAACUGCUCUCAGUAGGAUACGGUGUAACGCUACAUCGCUACAGUACAUACAGUAAUAUACUGCACAGCUAAUUGUUAGUAGUUGACAGUCAGCAGUACUGCAUAGUCUUUAAAAUACAAACAGUGUUGAUGUAUUUCUUGUAUUGGGCGUACCUCAUGUUGUGUCCCGUGAUGAUUAUUAUUAUUAUUAUUAUUAUUUACUAUUUAUUUAGCAAAUGCUGCACCUGCUUGGCCCUUUUAUUCCCACAUAGCUCAUAUUUUUCCCAUCAAAUAAAAAGACAAUUGCUACUACU